CGUCCCUUAAACCCACCUUCAUCUCUGCUUUCCUCUGCUCCGACCACCCCGCACUUCCAUUUUCCCACCGCCCUCGCCGACAGGAAACACAGAUGGAUCCCAUCGCCGCCCCCAACUCCGGCGGCGACCGCGACGCCUCCACCCCGACCAGCACCACCGUGACCCUCCCGCCGCUCACCCUGCGCGACGUGCCCCGGCUCACGUCCGCCGCGGCCGCCACCGCCACGAUCCCCAACCCCAUCUCCAGCCAACCCUACUUCAACCCGCCCCCCACCUUCUACAUCUCCGCGGGGGACGUCUCCCUCCGCCACGCCUUCUUCGACCUCGCCACCGGCCACCCCAACCCGCUCGUCGCCUACCGCCGCGCCGGCCCGCGCGGGAGCCUCGCCGUCGACCCGGCCCGCGCCCGCGCCGCGCUCGUCACCUGCGGAGGCCUCUGCCCGGGCCUCAACACCGUGCUGCGCGAGCUCGUCGUAGGCCUCCACCAGCUCUACGGCGUCCGCCACGUCUUCGGCGUCGCCGCGGGCUACCGCGGCUUCUACGGCGCCGACGACGACCACGUGCUGCUCGACCCGGCCGCCGUCGACGGCUGGCACAAGAAGGGCGGAACCGCGCUAAAGACGACCCGAGGGGGCUUCGAUCUCAACAAGAUCGUCGACGGCAUGGUCGCGCGAGGGUAUACUCAGGUCUAUGCGAUUGGCGGGGAUGGCACCAUGAGAGGAGCUGUGGCGAUCUUCGAGGAGAUCAAACGGCGUGGUUUGAGCAUAUCCAUUACAGGGAUCCCGAAAACUGUGGACAACGACAUCGGCAUCAUAGAUAGGUCCUUUGGAUUUCAAACUGCAGUAGAGAUUGCCCAGCAGGCGAUCGACGCAGCACAUGUGGAGGCUGUGAGUGCGGUGAAUGGCAUCGGCCUUGUCAAACUUAUGGGCAGGAGCACAGGCCACAUUGCUCUCCAUGCCACCCUGAGCAGCCGAGACGUUGACUGCUGUUUGAUUCCUGAGAUUGAUUUCCAUGUUGAAGGGAAGGGAGGCCUGUUUGAGUUUCUGUAUGAAAGGAUAAAGGAGAAGGGACAUGCUGUCAUCGUGGUCGCUGAAGGUUCUGGUCAGGAAUUGAUUCCCCGGACUGAUGAGCAGAAGCGGGAGCAGGAUGAGUCUGGCAACAUGUUGUUCCUUGAUGUUGGCCCCUGGCUGAAAUCUGAGCUUGGUAGAUGGUGGAAAAGAGAACACCCUGGUGAGUUGUUCACUGUGAAGUAUAUUGAUCCUACCUACAUGAUUCGUGCAGUCCCAGCAAAUGCUACUGAUAAUCUGUAUUGUACCCUGUUGGCGCAUUCCGCGAUCCACGGGAUCAUGGCUGGGUUCACUGGCUUCGUACCUGGCCCGAUAAAUGGGAAUUACAGCUACAUACCUUUGGAGGAUAUCGCUGUGGCCAAGAACCCAGUCGAUGUGAAUGAUCACAAAUGGGCAUGGGUUAGAUCAGUCACAGAUCAACCAGAUUUCCUGAAGCCCUAAGACAUGAAGUUAUGUGGUGUCAUGAAGUACCCUCUCUGGACACUGUCAAAAUAAUUUUGAUUUGAUCUAGCAGUAGUUGUUUGUCUCGUGAUUUCGGUUCUUCAAUAAGAUAAGAGAGAGCUUGUUCUCUGGUUUAUCAGGCUGUGGGUGUAUGUCUUCGGAAGUACUACUUGUAACUCUAUUGUAAGUACG